AUGGAGAUGAUAAGUUUAAUGCAUCUUCUUCUCUCGAGAAAGUACGUGAUGUUCUGACCAUGGUGGCACGUGUCACAAAUGCGAUUUCUCUAGAAGCCGGAGCAAUUCGGAAGACAUUGAAGUUGACGGAUGUUGUUUCGGAAGUUCUUGAUAUUGAUCCAGGAAAGUUGGAUGAAUUAUUAAACCUUGAUUCUGCGGGAUUGAAUGCUCAUUUGGAGAAGAUGAUCCAUAGAUAUCAGAAACUUACACAGGACACUGAGCAAUUCAAGGAUAAAUUGACGAAGUUAAAAUCAUUAGAUGAGGAGUUAACAGAAGCAAUGAAAUUGAAUUUCGAUGUAAGUGGAGAUCAAAUCCAACAGUUCUUCAGUGAUAUGACCGAUUCCAAGUCAAAAUCAAAAAUCAAUGUGUGUAGUAGCGACAUCGGAAUAGUUAAGUCUUUUUCAACCAUCAUCAAUGUGACACGGACAGCAAUGAUGGAGGAUAUAGAGAAGGAGGUUAUAACGAAUAUGACAACUAUUUUCGUGUAA